AUGAAGCUCGAGGGAGAUUACUUCCUCAUCGGUCUCCUGUCCAGCAGGCGAAAGCCAGAUCCUGGUUCGUUCACGCCUCUUCACUGGUCGGCCCAUUUCGGGCAAAGGAAAGCCGUCGCGAUACUCCUCGGCGCUGGCGUUGACGCCAACCUGAAGACGUAG